UGCUGCAGGCGAUUCUUUGCCGUAGCGCUCUGCUUUGGGCGUUUGGCGCUGCGGAUGCCUCGAGGAGGGAAAAUAAUAAUGGCCGCCAUGGCCAACUGGAACAACCUUGAAGCUUAUGUAAGUCGGUAGCUAUGGAGAGAGGCGUUCAGAGAUGGGCUGUUGACAUUUCCGAGUGGAAUCCUUCUCCCCCUGAGUUCUCCUCUGCGCUGACUCUUCUCCCUCGCCAUGAACAUUCCUCCAUCCUUAGAUUUUUUAAGAUGGAAGACAGGAAACGUGCGCUUGUGAGUCGGCUGCUUCAGUAUGUUCUUGUGCAUAACAUAUUGAAAAUCCCUUACGAUGAAAUAAUUAUCAAGCGCACAUUGGAAGGCAAGCCAUAUCUGGAAUGUGAUAAAGUUGGCUCAGAAUUUCCCAAUUUUAAUUUCAAUGUAUCACAUCAUGGUGAUUAUGUGGUGAUAGCAUCAGAGCCUCUGUGUCUUGUGGGGUUGGACGUCGUCUCUUACACCAUUCCCCAAAAUGAGGAUACCAUAGCAUUUGUUAAGAACUUCUCCUCUUACUUUUCAAGUUUAGAAUGGAAGAACAUCAUGAAUGCUAGCUCUAGCUCGAGUGUUUUGGUUGAGUUCUACAGAUAUUGGUCUCUCAAAGAAGCAUAUGUGAAAGCUAUUGGAAGUGGAAUGAUGGCAUACGGGUUGGAGCAAGUUGAGUUUCUUCAUGAUGGAUGGAACAACAUACGGGCUAAAGUUGGAGGAGAAAUUCUGAAAGAAUGGAGAUUUUGGCUCUCAGAGAUGGGAAAUAGACAUUGUGUGGCAGUUGCCAAGGGGCACCCGAGAUCGGCUACCGAGAGCUACCAAAGGACUCUAACGAGGACGGAGUUCGAACCCGAUGAAUAUCGUGCUGGUCUUCUUCUUCCCAAUGUCGGCUUUGUGUCAAAAAGUGUAGAACAACUAAUUUCCAUAUCCAUGGAGUGAGGCUUUGAUGCGUGAAGACUGAUUGCGAGGAGUGAGGCUUUGGUGCGUGAAGACUGAUUGCGAGAGAUAGUUCAACAUGCAUGUUUGGCUAACUUGGGCAUAUCCAUGGAGUGAGGCUUAUAUGCGGUAAGUCGUCGUUGUUGCCUUUUUGCCUGCAUUACAUAUAAUACCAAUUUCACGUUGUUUGGCCGUAGGUGAUGCAAGAACGAAUUGACUUAGCUCACUUAUUGCUGGGAAGUGAGUGCCGCAUAAUCGCAAGUCUGCCAUCAAAAGUGCGAUUGUGACAAGUGACCAAUUCUUCAACUUCGCACAUUUUAGGUUGAGUCGUCAAGUUAUUUGAGUUCAAGUUAGGUUCAAAUGUAUGAAAAUUUUAUGAAUUAGGUUAGUUCAUAAAUCUCCAUGAAAUUUCUCA